UCACUCGCUGUUACAUAUUUCUUAUGAUGAAACAACAAGUUGUAGCUAGAUAGCUAAGUGCACUUGGCGAUCGGUUUAUCAUGGGGUCUUCGCUGGGCUGCUUUUGUGAUGACAAAGACAAUGAUACUGUCUGCUACUGUUUGGUAGGAGUAACGGGAGUGGCAAUGACUCUACUGUUUGCAGCAGUUAUAAUUCUGUGUUCCAUGUGCUUCAGGCGGCGUAGACGCAGAUUGAGGUACGAUAUACAAAGGACCGCUGGAGUUGGCGACAAUUUGGAAGUGAACAACGAAGCCUACGUAUAUAUGCCGGCUGAACGUGCAACAAACCAGGUCCAGCAAGUGGAAACUAGUAGAGAAAAAGACAAAAGAAACAAUCAGUACCAAGAGAUUGGAAUUACCACCUCCGACUACGAGCACAUGUAUUCAAGACCGUUCAAUUCACGCCCAGCGGAAUACAUGACGUUUGUUCCCAAGAUAAAUCCCAAGAGAAAGAGACAUCAUACGCAGAGUUGAGUAUCACAACUCUCGAGAGUGCGAAUGUUUAUACAAAGAUUUCUCUAAAACAAAAGUAAUGAAAAGUAAGUGCAAACCCUCGGCGAACUGCGCAUG